AUGUCUGGUGUCUUUUCUACCCAGCAGCAACCCGCGGCGGAUGACACCAUUAUGCAGGACGUGACCAUGGUCUCUCCUGACUAUUCUCCUAUAGAAAUGGUUGAUUUGCCUUGUGAUCCAAUGGACAUCAGUCCCAUUCCUGCUGAAGACAAAGCUCAGAGCAGCUCUCAGUCCAUGGGCAUUGUCCCCGAUUCGAAUACCACCUACCCACCUCAUCGCCAUGUUGGGUUCUCCCACAACCUCCCCGCGUCUUCCUUUUCUGGACUGAAUGGGAAUGCACGUACGCCUUUCAGCCAUCUUACACGCACUCCCUUCAUCAGACCCCUUCAACGUUUUUCUCCAAAGUCCCGAACCUACAAUCCCAUCACUGGUGUCAUCCAGCCUCAGAUUUCCGUCUCCCUACCUCCCAAUGAAAAUAGACCAUCUGUUCUUAGCAGAAGCGAUAUCGAUUCCAUGGAUACGGAGGAAAGACUGAAGACUUUGUUCCGAAAAUCAAUGGUGAACCCAUAUCUCAGGCCGACUACACGUGAUUCGUCGUUCAAUAGUCUCCAGACCAACAAAUCUUCUUGGAUAUUUGAUGGCAAGCCAUCCAGUUUUGAAUCGAAUACUUCUGUUACAACUACUGAAUCGAGUCUGUCUCGCAAGAGAUCAGUCGACGAAGUGGCUAACGACCCAAGCCACUCUACUACUCCAGAGGCAGAUAUUCAGCUUCAUACAAAAUACCGGCGUGUCAGCCAGGAAGGUUUUCCUGCCUCUGCUUCCUUGGCUCACGAUGCAUUAAAGAAAGUUUUGAAUGAAGAAGCCACUGUCCCUGUUCAAGAUGAGCCGUCGUCCCGCAUAUACCAGCGUACCGUUUCGACCCACCCCGAUUCUCCUCGUGACUUCCAUGCUCAUCUCAAUUUUGGUCGCCGAAAACCCUCCGAUAGCCGCAUGGCCACCCUUGUUGAAAUAGCCCGUGGACAUCAUGCUAGAGAUAACGUCCCAAGCCACAUCCCAGGCGAGUGGCCGAAUCUGUCACCCUCCCCUUAUUCCAGACGUUUCACCGACAGAACAUUCCUCCCGGUCGAGAAUAUCAAUCUUCCUGGUGGCCAGGCCUUGAUGUCCGGCGCCCUUCCCGUUUUCGAAGCAUCUGUUGCCCCUACUCCUGCUACAUCUGACACGGCUGAUAACCCUUGUUUUUCUUCUGACUCGGGAAUGACCCAAAGUCAGCAAGUGCAAACCAUGGCCAUUAACCACAAUGGUCAGCUCCAGAAUGAGCAAAUCUCGAGCAUUUUGCAUGCCUCCUGGAGGGUCACGUGCCUUGGAACUGGUAAGGUCGUCGGACUUGUUGGGUCGGUGGCCAAUCGUGUUCGAGGUGUCAUCGUAUCUGCUUCCUCGUUUAGGCCUGUGGAACAGGUAUUGAAUCUUUUUAGACGGCGCCGCCGUCCGUCUCACCAUGUUCCCACUACAAGCCGUGAAUCUCCAGCUCGUGCAAGUCUUCGCUCUCUUCCUGAAGAGCAACGUCACAGAGUCCGCAGUAAUCAGUGGCGCAUAGAAAGAGGCCUUGCAACUGCCGGUAACCUCCCAUUCCCAGAGCUGUCAUUUGACAUUCCGCCUUGGAUCUCUACUGCCGGCCCGUCUUUGCAGAGAAUAUCGGAUGCUAUCUCUGAAAAACGUGACAAGAACCCUAAAAAUACCCACAAGUCCAAGCGCAAGUGCAAGGGCAAGCAGGCUAAUAAUCAGCAAGGGACCAUCUCCCAGUCUGUCUCAUCUUCGAAAGUCACAAAAGCAAAACGUAGACGUUCUGCUACAUCUGGUGUUCAGAAUAGGUCAUGGGUUCAGCCAAUGACCCCGAGUUUAGAACGUCGAAUGCUACCCUGCACCCGCGGCAGAAGACUCACUGAAGCUGAACGUGAACGCCACCACCGGGCAUGGAGGUACAUCAUAGAAGGUCCUCAGCAGGAAGCGUCUCCCCCGGCAAAUCAAGAGCCUGUUCUGGAUGAUCACCAUGCAUCAAAUGAACCUGGCGCACCAAUUAAGCCUGAAUCCCCGGCAGCAAAGAAAAAGCUGAAGGUCCGCUUCGAAGAACCACUUGUUAAUGAAACUGAGGAUGCGGCACUGACCACGGAAAUUGCUCCACACCUUCAUCCAACUUCACCAAAUGCGGAACAAGUUGCUUCCGAAAAGAAACAGUUCGAUGAACAGAAAGAGAACGUACCUCCACUCAGUGAACCAGAAAUUGUUCCCAACGUAGAGGAUAGCGUCUUCAGCGAUGAGUCUGAACCUACUGUCGACCCGUGGCUCCAGUAUGCGUUCCCCUUUGGAAGAGCGGUAUCUGCCGUGAGUCUAUUUUAUCCUCACCUGAAACCAAUCCCAGAGGGUCGGACAGAGUCCAUCUAUGCCGCCCAAUGGAGACAAAUUGAAGAAGAACAAAGGCGCCAGGAAGCUCAGACUCGCUAUCGUCCGGAGGGACCCGCUGUACGACCGCUCUCAGAUAAUUGGGAAAACCGAGUUUCGGAGGCCAUGGCUUUGUCAAAUAGCCGAAAAGUAGCGACAACAUUGUCUGGCGACCCGCUAACCAAGAAAGAUCUUGCUACUUGCUACACACCUGCUGCUUGGUUGAAUGACGAAGUGAUUAACUCGUAUCUUGCCUUGAUUGUUGACUACUUGCGCCGCACGAACGGAAAUGCAGGUCGUCAUGAUAAACCUCGUUUCCAUGCAUUCAACUCGUUCUUCUUUUCGAAUCUACGCGAUAAAGGCUAUCAGAGCGUACGUCGGUGGGCAUCUCGUGCCAAAAUUGGAGGCGAAUCUUUACUUGACGUUGAUACCGUAUUUAUUCCGGUCCAUAACAGUUCUCAUUGGACUCUCAUCGUUGUUCAGCCUUCUCAACGCACCAUCGAACAUUUUGACUCACUUGGGUCGUUAUCACUUCGUCAUGUGGGGGUUGUCAAAGAAUGGCUGAAGUCAGAGCUGGGGCCCCUCUACCAAGAGGAGGAGUGGACAGUACUCCCCUCCAACUCCCCACAACAAGACAACGGGAGCGAUUGCGGCGCGUUCUUGUUGUCUACCGCGAAAGCGGUGGCCAUAGGGCUCGAGCCGCUAUCUUACUGCGCGGCCGAUAUUGGGUUGCUGCGCAGGAAGAUAGUGGCCGAGCUCAUGGCCGGGGGGUUGGAAGGGGAGUUCGACCCUGAUGAUGGCAGUGAGGUGCUGCUAUAA